AUGAAGUCUUCCAGCGGUGGCGUGGCGGCGGCCGGAGAGACAGAACCCUUAGCGCCAAGAUCGAGAAGAAAGGAUGAACAGACAGUAGCUUCGAGCUCUUCGCUACAAUCUUUCCUCAAUCACAUUCCCAUAUCUGCCAUCCCCAGCGUACAUGCUUCAGUGCCAGUUUUGGAAGUCAGAUUCGAUGACUGCGUGGAGCAUGCGAUCAGGUUGAUGUACGAAAAUAAUGUGUUUGGAGCUCCUAUUGUGGAUACCGGGGACGCACUCUCCACCAGAAAUCCCAUGGACAAGGACAUUGGUUUGAUUGAGUUCUCUAGCCUGCUGCUAUGGUCUCUUAAGGAAAUCGACAAAGUAGAAAUUGAAUCAAAGGGAAGCAACCAUGGAUUUCUUGAUGUGCUAAAACAGAAUUCUCAUAUUGGACAAACUAAGAUUGCAGAACUGGCCAAGUCAUUUUUAUGGGAACCCUUCUUCCCCGCCUAUGAGGUCGACACACUCUUUCAUGCACUAUUGUUGUUCUCAAAACAUCACAGAUUAAAUGUCAUACCAGUCGUCGAUCAGUCUAAGUGCACUGUAUCAGGGUUUAUAUCUCAGCAUGCAGUAAUAGAGUUGCUUCUUCAGUCAAACGGACUCGAGUGGUUCGAUAAGGUUGCUGAGAAAUCUCUACUAGAAUAUGGGUUGAUAGACUCUGCUGGAGUGGUUUCUAUUUACUCGGAUCAAACUUUAGUGGAUGUCUUGCACAUACUGUGGGAUAAGCAGAUCAAUGGCGUACCCAUUGUAGAUCGAAGGUCUGGACUGCUAAUAGGCUCUGUGAAACGUUCUGACAUUUAUCUCCUGGUCAAGGAUGAUUCUCUAUUCAGCAAGAGGAAGACACUAACAAUCGAAGAAUUCUCAAAGAUUCGAAAAGCUGCACAGGAUAGCAAUCUGUCUACAAAAACAGAGCUUGCUUCAGUUGGUCUGCUUAGAUUGGAGAAUUCUAAUCUUCCGAAAACUAGCAAUCCAGUGGUUCUUCGGAAGCAUGACAGUCUCAAGAAGACAAUGGAAUUGAUGCUAGUUUCUCUGAGUGAAAUUUGUUUCUUGGUUAGCGAUUCUGGGGAGCUUGAGGGUAUGGUGACUCUGAAAGACAUUCUCCUUCCAUUUUCCCCUCCAUCCAUGGAUUCCAGAAUUGAUGGAGGUGGCUUCUUCAAAUCAGUGCUAUACCAGACAGGCAGUUAUGUGGAUGACGGAGGGAUGGUCAGGCGAACUUGAACAG